AUGAGCGCGUUCGGCCAGAAUACGUCCGGUACGAGUGGGACUGCGUCCUCUACAGGCAGCGGCCUUUUCGGGAAUACUGCAAGCGGUGGAACUGGAGGAGCCCCGACGAAGCCCGCUGGCAGUAUCUUUGGCAACUUGGGCUCUAGCACUAGCGGAGGAUUGUUUUCUACGGGCACCGGAGGCAAUACGACUAGCAGUAGUCCUGCACCUCCAGCUGGAGGCAGUCUAUUUGGGAACUCUUCGACUACCGCGAACUCCUCAUCACCGGCUCCAGGUGGAGGCCUCUUCGGAAACAGUAGCAGUACUCCGAAGCCUACUACUGGCGGCGGCUUGUUUGGCAACACAACCACCUCGAGCGGUCCAUCCGCUGCGGGAGGCCUAUUUGGCAGCACCUCAAGCUCGACUCCUCUCGCCACCGCAGGAGGCUCAUCAGCGACAACCAAUAAUUCCACGUCAGCUCCUGGCAGCGGACUAUUCGGUGGCACCUCUGGAUCCUCUGUGACAAAUCCAUUGUUCGGUGGCCUCGGUAGUUCCAGUUCCACGCCUUCAACUCAGACGCAAGGCACGCCGAAUCUGUUCGGUGGUGCACCUAAGCCUGCAGAGCAGAGCGCGAAUUCCGCAACCCAGCCCGCGACGACCAGCCUCUUCGGAAACGCUCCCUCAACAACGACUUCCUCAACGUUGCCGGGAGGAAGUUUGUUUGGGCACAAACCUGCGGAUAGCUUGAACACGGCUAGUACCCCAGCUGCCGGUACUGCUGCUCCUGGCGGUGGCCUACUUGGCGGUAGCCUAUUUGGGAAAAAACCCGAUACUCCUGCAACUGGCACCACCACAACCACAUCCAGUACGACAGCGGCCCCUUCCCUGUUUUCCGGACUUGGUAGUAAAGAUACUACGUCGGGAAAGAGCGAUACCCCUGCCAGUGCGUUUAGCAGGUCAUUCCCUUCCUCAUCGGGUGGACUCUUCGGAACUCCUGCAGCUAGUAAGGACAAGCCGGAAGAGAAAAAGGAUGCGCCUGCAGCUGGCUCGUCAAUUAACAUCUUCGGCACUGCUGCAAAGGACACCUCCGGCGAGAAAAAGGAACUCGGUUCCGCGCUUACCACUAGUGCCUUGGGUCCUCCUUCUACCUCUAACUCUACAUCCAUCGCCGUCCCUCCACCUUCCAUGCUUCGAGGGAAGACGAUAGAAGAGAUCGUUAACCGGUGGUCCUCGGAACUUGAAGGUCAUGUACGCGAAUUCCACAAGUUCGCUGGCGAGGUAGCUGCCUGGGAUCGUGCAUUGAUCGACAAUGGCAAUAGCCUUGCCGCACUAUUCUCGCAUGUUCUUGCCGCUGAGCGUGAGCAGACAAAUAUUGAUCAAGCGCUCGACCAUAUAGAGCAGCAGCAGAAGGACUUGUCUGCGGCUCUAGACUCGUAUGAGAAGGCCACGGAAGAUAUUCUCGGCGGCGACAACGGUAGCUUGCGGGUCUUAGAUACAGGCCCGGCGGACUCUGAGCGGGACAAGAACUACGUGCUCGCAACCGAGCUACACACCCACCUGGACGAUCUCUCUAGUUCCUUGACGCAAAUGAUAGAGGCCGUAAAUGCCUUGUCAGACACUACGCCAGAUGGAAAACCAACGAAACAAGAGGGUGAAGAUCCCAUGACCCAAAUCGUGGAAAUCUUGAGUAGUCAUUUGGAAAGCCUUCAAUGGAUCGACGGCUCGGUACGGGAGCUGGAGACGAAAGUGGGCGAAGUUGAGCAAAGGAUCAAGGAUUCUGGAACGAAUUUAGCGACGGGGCUGGGUGGAGCUAAAUCACGGAGCUUCGGGUUGGCUCGCAGCGCGUACUGA